CAUCUCUGCCUUGACAAACCAUCCAGAUUGCUCUCUGCAAGGCAGACAAGAUGCUUCCUCGCACGGCGCUAGUCAGCACGUCUUGGAGGCUGCUCUGCGGCCUGAUGCUCCUUUCUCAGGUGCAAGGUGAAGACUCCCUGAAGGAAAUUCCGUCCCCACGCCUUAGUUGUCCUGCAGGCUCCCGGGCUUAUGGUUCCUACUGCUAUACUUUGUUUCGGAUACCACAGUCCUGGUUCGAUGCAGAACUGGCCUGCCAGAAGAGACCUUCGGGACACCUGGUGUCUGUGCUCAGUGGAGCUGAAGCUUCCUUUGUCUCCUCCCUGGUGAAGAGCACAGGGAACACCUACCAAUAUAUCUGGAUUGGGCUCCAUGACCCCACCCUGGGUGAAGAACCCAAUGGAGGCGGAUGGGAAUGGAGUAACAAUGAUGUGAUGAAUUACUUUAACUGGGAAAGGAACCCAUCCAACUGCUUGGACCGUGGUUUCUGUGGCAGCUUGUCCAGAGCUUCUGGAUUUUUGAAAUGGAGAGAUAAUAUAUGUGACAUGAAGCUGCCCUAUGUCUGCAAAUUCAAGGAUUAGGUUUAUCCAGAUACAAACAGCCCAAAUUUGUCCAGAAGCCCGUCAUGGACAAGGGACGGAUAUGAAGAUUUACUCAGGAAGUGCCUGUGCUAUCCACAGUCCACAUCAGAGCUCUCACCUGCUCUUUUCAGAUUUUCCCUUUAUCACUUUGGCACAGGUUGUGCCCUCAAGUCUUGGAAAACAAUAAUUAAACUUCAGUCACACUUUGA